GUGUCAUCGGAUUCAGGUUUGUCCCCCGCCAGGUUGAUGAUUGGGCCUUCGAAGCCCAGGGCUCAAGUGGGCGACGAGGGCGCCAAAACCAAAAGAAAAUUCGAAAGGGUUUAGCGCCAUUUAUAACCUAUCUGUUUCUCGUUUUUUAUUCGAAACGACACAGCCACAUUAGGGAUCUGGGGGUUCAUUCAUUUUAAUGGUUUCAAAGGAAAAUCUCAGGCAAAUUGCAACGAUCAGCUGAAGCCAGAAGUUGUGGAUAAUCACGAUUGGGAAGGCAUGCUUGUGCAAGAAAGAAAUUGGAGUUCUAUUUGUUUCACAGGUUUCCACAUUUUGGAGAAGAUAGACAUUUCAGUUAUGCUUUGAUAUGUUUGCUUAGCAAAAUAGAACGAAGAAGGAAGAGUAAUUGUCUGAUUUUGUAUAAUAAUGGCUCAUUAUUAUAACAUUGACGACAUUAUCAUGGAGGAGGAGAUCAUCUCGGUUGUUUUCCAAGUGGCUGCUAAUGGAGUUGGACUCCUUGAUCCCAGUGCAGAAACAAACAGUGUUGAACAAGGUUCAAAGGUAGAGCUACCAUUCUGGCUAGCCCAUGAGUUGCACCUUAGACAGGCAGUUGCUAUGAAUGUGCUUGCUUGCUUCAAUCAAAAAACAAGGAAGGAAGUCCAGGCUGAUGCUGCAUGUGUUGAUCUCAGGAAUAGGUGCCCCUACUUCUAUGAAUUAGGAUGCAAGAUUGCACCCCUGGUUGGUGAUAGAACCAUAGGGUCCUUCCUCCUCUAUACAUUUUCCACUAGGUAUAAGGACGUUUUGAGCAAGGCCCAUAGUGCAGCAUUUUCGGUGGCUCCCAAGUUUUUGACUCUUCUUACAAAAGAAGAAACCCAUUUGUAUGAAGCAGCUCAAUCUUCAAUGGCAGCAUUCAAGAAAUGGCGGAUAGGUGGGCCCAGAUUUGAAAGGGCAUCCAUUCUUGGAAUAAAGAGGAAACCUGCUAAUUAAAUGCAAGCUGUGGCUGCCAUGCUAUCUCAAUCCCUUCAAGAAGAAGUCAUGGCGAAAUAGGUAUCCUAGAUGUGAUAUUCGGAGUGAAAUUAAUUAGUUUAUCCAGUUGCCUUAACAGCAUUCAUUUGUCUCAUCCAGUGUAAGAUAUGGCAAUGGAAAAUAACAACAUCAAUAAUAAUAAUAAUACAAACUUGAUAGUGCUUUGGUUGUA